AUGCUUCCGUGUAGUAAGUAACGCAAACAACAAAACGUUUAGGGGAGCAGCCCGUUGAUGUACGUUCAUGAUGUCAACCAAUUAUCCAUUCAGCCUUAGACGCAGAUAUCGAACGGGUGGACCGAUCCGAACUGUGCUCGAGACAAAUCGGCCUCGAGCUCGCGACACCCGAAGCGGUCGUCGUGGAAGCUCUGCAACGAAUACGGGACAAAUUUUUUCAAAAACUGGCUGCAGCAUGCAGUAUAGCUACGGAUUCGAGUAAGUAACUUCAUGAACUGUGCUCUUGGUGUGGGAGUGUUGAGGAGCUAAUGGAAAACUACCAAGCAGCAAUUCCCUUCAACACGUCUUCUUUGAAUGUCAACCCUCGAGUUGUUUUUCUUCACCAUCAGCUGGUGACACUGCAUGCGUGAGUUAUGACUUGACAUGGUUAGGCAUGACGGUAACUGAUAUGAAAAACAGACAUUGGACAUCAGUGACACAGCGGAAGAAUUGACUUUGUACGGUUGAGAAUCCGGGUCCAUUGGACACUAAAUGUGAGUCUUCACUGUCAUUGCCAGAGAUGGACAACAGCAAGAAUACUGAUAGUUGUAAUAAACGAAUCACGUAUAAAAACAGGCUCUGGUUCCGUGAAUUGCGGCUCACCAUGAUCCCGUGGCAGAUGAUCAACGGCUCGGUUCGGUGGUGUGUGGAGUGACCGUCAUGUUGGCAGGUGUGUGCCAAUCUUUCAAAAGCAAAGCGCAGGGCAGCAUGACUAACUGACCGAUUGGACUGUAACAUCACAGGGGAUCCGAACGUUAUUCCCAAGUCAUUGCCUGCACAAAUCGUCGACGCUUGCAUCAUGAAUGCUGACUUCUGGGGGGAUCUCUCUGUGAGUAGUAGUCCUUGCCUGACUUUUAGACCCUAUACUAACAGCGGCACGGUGCGAGCGCAGACAAACAUGCGUCUUCUGGCCGCUGCAGAUCGCAUAACCGAAACGGAACGGGCAAAGGCACAGGGCUUUGCAGAUUGGCUCUUAGGAAGACGGGUCGGCGAACGAAACAGAAGACUCUAUCGCGCUCCCACGUGAGCUUCUCCUGCCGACGACCACGAGGAACAGCUCCGGGCUGAUCAGACACGUUUAUCCCGGCCCCGCGCUCGAACUGGACAAUAUGUCAGUAGGCGAAAAAGUCGAAUACUUCCGAGAUCGAGCAAUUCUGGCGCCCAAAAAUUCGCAGGUGGACCAGAUCAACGACAUGGUGCUCGACCUGCUGCCGGUUGACGCUCAAACGUUCUACAGCGCGGAUUCGGUCGACAAUGAAGACGAAUCACUGUUCUCGAUCGAGUACCUUCAGAAUCUCAACAUCGCCGGGAUGGCGUUGCUCCACACUCGACGCGGGUCUCGACGACGGUCUGAGCCCAUCAUCGGGCUCUCAGAGAACCAAAAAGUAGUUCAGUGA